UGAUAUCUAUAUAAACAAGUCAUAAUGUAGUUGGAUUCAUAAACCAUAAUCAUAGUAAAGCCAAGUUUAUAUCUUCGUAUACUUUUUUCGUAUCAAAAGAUUAUGUCGAAAUUUAGUUUCCUAAAGUUUAGUGGUAGCUUUUCGGGCAAGCCAAACUCUCCGCGAAAAAAUAUAUCCCAAAAGAACAGCUUCAACUCGAGACAAACACGAACAUCGAGUACCGAAAUGAGUUUCCAACCUAAAAAAGAUGAAAUGAAAUGGGUGUUUGAGAAAUUCGACACCAACAAAGAUGGCAAGAUUAGUCUUGAAGAGUACAAAUCAGCUGCAAAGGCUUUGGAUAAAGGUAUCGGUGAUGGCGAUGCAUUGAAGGCAUUCAAAGCAAUGGACUCUGACAAAGAUGGAUUCAUAGACUUUAAAGAGUUUAUGGAAAUGUUCAAUGGAGAAGGUAGUAAGAUAAAAGAAGAAGAUAUUAAGAGUGCUUUUCAAGUAUUUGAUAUAAAUGGUGAUGGGAAAAUUAGUGCUGAAGAAUUGUCUCAAAUUUUUAAAAGGCUAGGUGAGAGUUGUAGCCUUAGUGCUUGUAAGAAAAUGGUUAAAGGUGUUGAUGGAGAUGGUGAUGGUCUUAUAGAUAUCAAUGAGUUUACAAGGAUGAUGAUGAAUGGCAAGAAAUUAUUGGCUUAAGUGAUUAUGUUUAUUGGUAUAUAGAGGAGAAUAAUGUUGUUUAGUGCUUCUGAAGUUUUUGUCUUAAAAAUCUAGUACUUUAUUUUGCUUAUCCUUUUUUGAGUGCUAAAGUUUGGUUAAAUGCAUGGUGAUUAUCAUUCUUUGAUAGUUACUAGUGUCAUGUUUUGAAACUAAUAAAUUGAAUCUUAUUUUUGUA